CUGCAAAUGCGUAUGUGCCUUACCUGGCUCUUUUCCCCGUCCCUCUGUCCUGUCCCUAUCGCUCACCUUUUCCCUCACGCGGUUGGCCAAAAUGCGAGGAUCUAAAAUUAGCGACCUAGUCACGAAGGGAGGCUUCGGAUGUAGGUAGGUGUGUCUGUCGGUAGGGCAAAGAUGGAUAGGGAAAUUCGACCCGCCCCAAAAUUAAAGGGCAUGCCCAAACGUAGAGAGGGACGAUCGAGAGGGGGGGAGGGGAAUGCGAAGAGGGGCCUUCGCGCGAGCGCGCGUUCCCUUGCGGUCCCGCCCGUGGCACGACGGCAGAAGCACCAAGGAAGCGAAUGGCGGGAGAGGGUGCCGACCUCCCAAUCCAGUCUGAGAGUAGCACAGCCCGAGAGAAUCGCUUGGUCGCUGCUAAACCCGAGGGGUAGAUUGCGAAAAGGAGAACGAGAGAGAAAGGAGAGGAGAGACGGGUCUCUCGGUCCCAAAAGCUGCUACAACUCGCGCGCCAGGUUUGGCUGUGGCGCACCAGUGGUCUGUCUGUCUGCCUCGCAGCGCUCGGGUUGCGGGAAUGGUUGCAGAUCCGGCCCAGCCCAGCCCAGUCCCGUCGCGCUCUCGGCGGGGAGAACAAAAGAGAGCUGUAGCGGGUCUUCUAAUAAUAAUAAUACGCGGCACCUCCUGACAUUGCUCUGGGACUGGGAACUGCUGGUCGCAUUACACACGCCCAGACGCGAGUCAUUCCCGACCACCAUCGCAUUCAGAAUAUUUACCAUGACAUCACACCCACCAUCCCGUCCGCCGUCCCACCCUCUACACGCGAGCCCGUCCUUCCACUGCGCAUAUGCAUCUCUACUCUCGCGUCGCUUCUAAGGGGUUACUGUCGUGCCAUGUGCUCUAUCAAACAAGCCGGGUCGCAACGGGGUAUCACGGACAGUAACCAUUAAAAACCAAACAACGGCCGUGAUUUAUGCCGUCCAGAUGCUAGCCAAGGGUUGCUAGAAACCGAUCGCCAAGGGGAACCAAAGUUGAGGGAACAACCUGCGAUACGUAGUGGAAUGACGAU